AUGGCGACCGAUCAACAACGUGGUCCCCAAACAAGAAGCUGCGCUGAAACACAGCGUGCUGAUUUUGAUGCCUAUUUUGCUUCAGAAGAGUUUGAGUCACUGGUCAACAAAGCUGUCUCAACCGAAUUCACUCGUUUUAUAUCAUCUGAAGAGUUUAAAAACUUGUUCACUAUCACUACAAAAUCCAUUAUUACUCAAGUUGUAUCAGACGUUGUUAUUAAUGAAAUUGAGGAAGCUACGAAGCCGCUUCAACAUCAAAUUGAUAGUUUGAAAGAUGAACUUAACAAAACUCAAAUUCACGUCAAAUCACAACGAGCAAUAUUCACGCCGCUGCAAUAUCAGGAUCUUUGGAAUUCAGGAGAUUGA